AUGGCAGAAGAUGAUCAAAUGGCAAAUGUCAAGUUUUCAACAGGAAAAAAGUUUGGCGAAUGGGUCAUCAAGAAGAGGCUCGAUGAAGGCGGAUUCGGACAAGUGUAUCUUGUCGAGAAUGCGAAAAAAGAAAAAGCUGCGCUCAAAGCAGAAUCAAAUGAGGUUGAAGGCGGCUCGGCGAUUAAACUCGAAACAAUGAUUCUGCGGACUCUGAAUAAAAAUGGACCACAACCUCAUAUUCCUGUUGUGUAUCAUGCAGCGAAAAGACAAAAAUAUUGCUAUAUGGUGAUGACAUUACUCGGUGAAAACUUGAAACACUUGAAGACAGAUCAACCGAAAGAACGAUUCACAAGAGGAACAUGGAGUAGGCUAGGAAUUCAGUGUUUAUACAGCUUGAAAUAUCUUCAUGAUUGUGGAUUUAUUCAUAGAGAUAUUAAGCCUCAAAAUUUUGUAAUGGGCCAUCCCGAAGACGGAGUUCGAUCUCGUAUGGUCCACAUUCUCGAUUUCGGAUUGGCUCGUCCCUUCGCAACAUAUAACGAGAAAACGAAAAAGUGGACGGCCAGAAAAGCGCGCGGAACAGCCGAAUUCCGCGGAACUCUUCGAUACACUUCACCAAAUGUGCACAAUCGAAAAGAGCAAGGACGCGUCGACGAUGUGUGGUCUCUUCUGUAUGUUCUCAUCGAGUUGAACGGCGGAUUACCCUGGCAAUCGGAAAAGGAUCGAGAGAAGGUCGAGUUGAUGAAAAUGAACAUGGACGAUCGAACAGUUAUGCAAAAUAUGCCAAUCUGUAUGGGAAACAUUCUGCCACACUUAAAAUCACUCGACUACUACCAGCGACCAGACUAUCAUUUAUUCUUUAAAUCUCUAUGGCAAGUAAUGACAAAUGAGAAAGUGCAAACCAAUUCGAGGUAUGAUUGGGAAACGCAAGAACAGGAAAUACUAGCGGCAGAUUGGGAGAAUCCGAAUGGCGACUUUUUCAAGACUGAUCCAACUGGAAUUUGCGGUCCUCCGAGAGAUGAUGAACCAAAGCAGAAAACCAUGGACAUUCAUAUGGAUCAAGAAACCGAAGGGAAGGCGAAGAGUUUUCAUGAUAAAUCGAACGGAACUGACAAAAAGAAAUAA